AUGGGACAAUACAUUCAAUGCGAUCGACGACUCCAUCGGCCCGGGCAGACGAGCAAAAUGGUGGCCGAGGAGGCCUGCCAGUCACAGCAGAUCGACUGGAAGUCGGCUGAAGACAUGAACGCCUGUGUCAUCAGCGAUGAGUUGAACCAUACCAGUCUGAUUUUGGGCUGUCGUCUUUCAGGAGCCACGGUACGACGCUUUAAACAUAAUGAUAUUGAGGAUCUUGAGAAGCAACUAAUUGACACCGUAGUAAAUGGAAAGCCGAGGACACAUCGUCCGUAUAAGAAGAUCUUCAUCGUCGUCGAGGGGAUAUACAGGUGA